UGCUCUCUCUGCUGCCAGAGCUGCAUUAACCCUCGUCCAGGCUGGUUGUUUUGUUCGGCUCUUGAAAUUUCCAAAUUUCGCGCUCGUAUACAUUAUAUUUCUCUUUUCCGUCGCGUUUUUCGUCGUCUUUCGGGUGUGUGUUUUUGUUAUUGCUGUUCUGUAUUUUUCGGGUGGUAUUUAACAAACGUUACAAUUAUUUUUUUCACGUGUGUUGCUAACAGUGUACUUGAAUUUGUACUUAAAUAACAAAGUCAAACAAAUAAGGCGAGCUAUAAAGAGAGAACACAAAAAGAAACAUAAGUAAAUAAAGAGGCAACGUUUUGUUGUUGUCGCGCAGCAUGUGGAGCUUCAGUUAACUGUAACAGUUAACGGGGGAUACCAAGGAGGAGGAGAAGGAGAAGGAAAAAGAGAGAGAAAGAGGUUUUACCGCUACGCUUCACUAAAUGCAGUCUACGCUGCGAUUAUUAUGUGCCAGCCCCAAUAACAACAACAACACUUGAUACGAAAAUAAACAAACAAAAUCAAUCAAUUAAUCAAUCUGCUGAGCACACCGCUCUCCACGCCCACACACACACGGCAAAACACACACAAAAACACACAACACACACGAGUCAACGCCCACGCCCAUUUGAGAAAAAGGAGGGAGUGGCAGGACGAGAAAGGAGGAAAAAGGAGGAGAAGAAGAAGAACCAGACAACAUGUUCCACUCACUUGUUUUGAUGGCCUGCGCCCUUGCCGCCCUUUCCGUCGCCCAGGAGGCGGGGCCAGCUCGAUCGAAAUCAUUAUCACUAUCGGCAUCGGUAUCGGUAUCGAGUCCAGGAGCGGACCCAACAUCCCCCGCCCCCUUCGCCAGCAAACAGCUGAACAGAUGCCGUCAAAGUUGCUAUCAGCAGCUUUCCAAGGACUGGCAUUAUUGUAAGGAUUCCGUUGAUUGCACAAACUGCUGCCAAAAACUGGUGGCCCCCUUCGAGCUUAGGAUCCUGAAGGCCCAGCGCCAGGAGUCGCUCGUCCUCACGGACAUCGGCUGGGACGAGAUGAUAGCGAAUGCAUCGCGCCAGUGCCUGAUCACCUGGGAAGUGUCCGGCGGCGGCCUCAUCGGCAAUCUACUCACGGACACCGCUCGGGCGGAACUGUCCCUGUGGCCGGACACCGUCUACAACAUCCAGGUCAAGUGCAAGCACAAGCUCACGGGUCUGAUGCGACGUUCGAUUAAACUGAAUGUGGACACUAGUCAGUUGGUGGGCACAACAACGACCACGACCUCGACCACUCCAAGCACUUCAAGCACUACAAGGAACCAGGGGCAGUCCGUGGACCAUUCAGAUCCCUUGGAGCACUCGCAACGUGUUCACGUCCGACCCACGGACCGGGUGUAUAUAAUCAGUGCCCUGCCCACGCCCAGCGAAUUGGGCGGAGUGGUCUAUCCGGCCUUCGGGGCCCUGGCCUUCUUUUUGGCCCUGCUGGUCAUGUUCCUCUUCCUGCGUCCGCAGCGCAAGCGGUUCCCAUUGGAUGCGGAUAGUGCGGACACGGCCACGUUGAUAGGUCGGAGCUCCAGUUGCUCCAGGAACUCACUGGACGCCUCCACGCUGCAUGUCUAAGGCGGCGUACCCGGAGAACUUGUAGUCGUAUAUAUAUAGAUGUCUGACUAUGUGAUAUUCUGCACCCCAAAAAGCAAAAGGAAGCAAAGACAACUGUGUACAUACCCCUUAACGCGUUAGUUAGCCCCCUAUCCCUAUCUUAUGGUUCGAUAUAAUAGAUCAGAUCAGAUCGUAUCGAAUCGGAUCGAAUCGGAUCGAAUCGGAUCGGAUCUAAAAGUCAAGCAAAUUUCGCUCAAUUAAGUUUAAGUUUUAUCCUCUGCCAUUCGUAGAUCCCAAUGCCAAACCAGCGCAGUCAUAUAUACACGCAUGAUUAACAUACAUACAUAGCUCUAUAUACAUAUAACAACUAUAUAUUAUACACUUAACGCAUUUACUAUAUACAUAUAUAUCAUAGUUAUACAAACAGACGCAGCUAAAGAUACAAGUGCAGAGAUCAAGAUACAGAUACAGAUACAGAUAAAGAUACAAAUACAGAUACGUUUACGGUUACGGUUACGGAUAUAAAUAUAUAUAUAUAUUAUUAUAUUAUAUAUUAUUAUAUAUUGAAUUAUAUUAUAGACUAGGGGCCUGCGGCCAACCAACUACAUACACCAAACUAAAUGCAACAAAUUGCUACAAAUUUUUUGUCAAUCGUCGUCGCUCGCUUGCAAACAUACAAACAUACAAACAAAACAAAAACAUUUGUUUUUAUCUCAUGUUAAAAACAAAUGAAAAAAAAACCAAUUAAUACAAAUACAAAAUAUCAUGCAUCUCUUUUCCAUUUUUCGUCGUCUUAAAUCUUAAAUGAAACAUAGUACAUUAAAAGAAAACAAAACAAAAGAAUUAACAAUUUAAAAAGAAAAAAAAGUCAACUUAAAUCAAAAGUAAAUAUUUUUCAAAAUUUUUAAAUGUUUAUACCUAAACAAACUCAAUUGAAUUAACAACAAAGUAAACUAUUAUAACUGACUUACUGUACUUGAGCAUGUAAAAAACAAAGUAACAAAGUAACUAACUAACUAAACUAAACUAUGGUUAAUACGGUUAAUUAAAGAUCUAAGCUGAGAAAACUUCGCUACGCAAAAUGCCUGUAAAUAUUUUAGCCCUAAUUUAUUUAUAUUUAAUGAUCCAUUGUUUUGUUAACCUAUCAUUUUAAGGAGGCCUUAGAAAAAUGUAAGGUUUUUCCAGGGGGGAGAAUGGUUUGAAAAUUUCAAGGAAAGUUAAAGGAUUUUUUAUUUUAGAAAAGAAGAAUGGAGUGUUCCUGCUUUUGAUGUUUCCAAUACGGGAAAUAGAAUGUUUUUAAAGUCUGCUCCAAUGGUUGUAGUAUGAAUUAGAGAAUUUCAAUGAAAUAUAUCAAAUUAAAAUUACUUUCCCAUCCACUUUAAUAAGUCGCAACCAAUCUUCCCCCAAUGGAAUCUCUGGAGUGAGAACUUUUUGGAGUCUGAACUCAUUGCCAUAUAAUACAGUCCUAGUUUAAUUUUAGUUUAGCGAUCAAAUUGUGUUACCUCUUUUCUUUUUUUUUUGUGGCAGAGACUAGUUAAGACUAAAUACAAAAUAUGCCAAUCACAUUUUAGAUAUAUACUGUGUAUGAAUAAAUUCGGACGAGAAGGAUGGAAGCGGAAGUGCGGUACCCUUUCAACAUUUAUCCUUUAUUCGUUUAUUAUGUAAAUAUAAUUUGAUUUGUUAUUGCA